CCCCCCCCGCCGUGAGCGCCGUGCCGCGGCCGCCGCCAUCUUGCGGCGGAGGUAGCGGAGCCGAUGUGGGCUGUGCUGGGACGGUCCAUGGCGGUGCGGGCUGCGGCCAGGCCCGGAGCUCUGCACCGCGUUCCGCCGGGAACCUUCACCAUAGCACACGUUACCAUGGCCACCCACUUCUCCAAGGAUCAGGAGGAGAGACUGAAGUGCGUGAAGGGGGAUCUGUUCACGUGCCCCCCACAAGAUGCUCUGGCGCACUGCAUCAGCGAGGAUUGCCGCAUGGGUGCCGGCAUAGCCCGGCUCUUCAAGGAGAAGUUUGGAGGUGUGCAGGAGCUGUUGGAUCAAAAAAAGAAGACUGGGGAGGUGGCAGUGCUCCAGAGAGAUGACCGAUACAUUUACUACCUGAUUACAAAGAAGAAAGUUUCUCACAAACCAACAUAUGAUAGUAUGCGAAAGAGUUUAGAGGCCAUGAAAGCUCACUCUCUGAACAACGGAGUCACUGACAUCUCCAUGCCUAGGAUUGGAUGUGGACUUGAUGGCCUGGAUUGGAAUAAAGUUUCAGCAAUACUUGAGGAAGUGUUUGAAGGCACUGAUAUCAAGAUCACAGUUUACACUCUGUGAGCAGCAGUGCUUUUGAGCUUUGAGGAGUGGGAACCUGGUAGCUGACAAGGGGGAAAACUGCACGCUGAGCACAUCCUUGGUGCGUAGCUCACUCUGGUGGUGUCCAUGCCACAAGCAAGUUUCAGAUGUGGGGCUGGGCAGCCUGUGAAGAAAGCAAUGGUGGGGCUGUAACCCUCUGGCUCUGUCUCUGGAAGCCACCAGGUGUCACUGGGCCUCCAUAGAGCCCUGCUGUUCUAGCGCUGUGAGCUCCUGUGCAGGGUGAAACUGGAGCUGGCUGUCACUUGGGUGUUGGUAUCGAGAGCUGGGGAGCCCUGUCACUUGUUCUUUUUCCCAGUUCUGCAGUGUCCACAUGUGGCAUACAGUUGAUUUACUCUGUUCAUUACAGGAUUAGCAAUUUAAUUUUUAUCUUCUGGCCACAAUUACAGCUGUUUUUGUUAGGAGAUUAUACUUGCUGAGAAUCAUGUUGUCAAUAUGAAAUAAAGAGCUGUGCAGUA